AGCCAGCCUCCACGCUUCACUCAGCGCUCUGUACUACAGUUCCCACAAAUCUUUACGCGCUUCAGCUCGUGUCGGCCGUUAUGGCGUCUUCUUGAAGCGUAGAGGAAUCGCAACUGAUUUGUUGACAAGUGAUAAAGAUGGCAGCUGACUCCACAGACAAGAAGGAUGCAGAAUCCUCAGGGACCAAAGACAGAGAGAGAAAACGCAGCCGUUCACGAGACAGAGACCGUAAAGUCUCACCAUCACGCAAGCGGCAUCGAUCCCGUGAACGAAACCGCUCCAAAUCUCCAGAAAGAGACCGACGCAUGAAGGACAAGGAAAGAGACAAGGACCGGGACAGAGAUAAGGACAGAGAUAGGGGCCGUAAGGACAGAGACAGCCAUCGCCGUGAUAAAGAUCGCAGCAAGAGGUCCAGAAGUGCUUCUCCAAAGUCAAAGGAUAGCAAGGUAAAGAGAGAGAAGGAUAUAAAAACAGAAGAGGAGGAUGAUGAGAAAAAGAAGAAAGAGAAGGUCCAGCCUCUGUCUUUGGAGGAGCUUUUGGCCAAGAAGAAGGCAGAGGAGGAAGCCGAGGCAAAGCCCAAGUUUCUGUCCAAAGCAGAGCGAGAAGCUGAGGCUCUGAAGCGCAGAGAGCAACAGACAGAGGAGAGGAGGAGGUUAAUUGACGAGGAGAGAAAGAAACGAAGAAUGUUUCAGGACAUCGGGAGAAAAAUGCUGGAGGACCCCCAAGAAAGGGAAAGACGAGAGCGAAGAGAGCGAAUGGAGCGAGAGAACAAUGGGAAUGAAGAAGACGAUGGACGACAGAAGCUCCGAGAGGAAAAAGAUAAAAGCAAAGAGCUGCAGGCCAUCAAGGAGCGUUAUCUGGGUGGACUCAAAAAACGCCGGAGAACUCGUCACCUGAAUGACAGGAAGUUUGUGUUUGAGUGGGAUGCUUCUGAAGACACUUCAGUUGACUAUAACCCAAUUUACAAAGAGAAGCAUCAGGUGCAGCUGUAUGGGCGAGGCUUCAUCGCUGGCAUCGACUUAAAGCAGCAGAAAAGAGAGCAGUCGCGUUUCUACGGUGACCUGAUGGAGAAAAGGCGUACACUGGAGGAGAAGGAGCAGGAGGAGACACGACUGAAGAAGAUGCGUAAGAAGGAAGCCAAGCAGCGCUGGGACGACAGACACUGGUCUCAGAAGAAGCUGGACGAGAUGACGGACAGAGACUGGCGAAUCUUCAGAGAGGAUUACAGCAUCACUACCAAAGGAGGAAAGAUCCCGAAUCCCAUCAGGAACUGGAAGGAGUACAUGCUGCCGGCACACAUCCUCGAGGUCAUCGACAAAUGUGGCUACAAGGACCCAACUCCGAUUCAGAGGCAGGCCAUUCCUAUUGGUUUACAGAACCGUGACAUCAUCGGUGUUGCUGAGACUGGUAGCGGUAAAACGGCUGCUUUCCUGAUUCCACUGCUGGUCUGGAUCACCACCCUGCCUAAAAUUGACAGGAUUGAAGACUCAGAUCAGGGUCCUUAUGCUGUAAUCUUAGCACCGACUCGUGAGUUGGCUCAGCAAAUCGAAGAGGAAACCAUAAAGUUUGGUAAACCGCUUGGCAUCCGAACAGUGGCAGUGAUUGGAGGAAUCUCCAGAGAGGACCAGGGCUUCCGACUCAGGAUGGGCUGCGAGAUCGUCAUCGCUACCCCUGGGCGUCUGAUAGACGUGCUGGAGAACCGUUACCUGGUUCUGGGCCGGUGCACGUACGUGGUCCUUGACGAGGCUGAUCGUAUGAUCGACAUGGGCUUCGAGCCUGAUGUUCAAAAGAUCCUCGAGUACAUCCCAGUGACCAAUCAGAAACCAGACACAGACGAAGCAGAGGACCCAGAGAAAAUGACCAUGAACUUUGAAUCUGGAAAACAUAAAUACAGACAAACGGUCAUGUUCACGGCUACGAUGCCUCCAGCUGUGGAGCGGUUGGCCAGGAGUUACCUGAGGCGUCCUGCUGUCGUCUACAUCGGCUCUGCAGGCAAACCUCACGAGAGAGUCGAACAGAAGGUGCUUCUCAUGUCAGAGGGAGAGAAGAGAAAGAAGCUGCUGGAGGUUUUGGCUCAUGGCUUCGAGCCUCCCAUCAUCAUCUUUGUCAACCAGAAGAAGGGUUGCGACGUGCUGGCCAAGUCUCUGGAGAAGAUGGGGUACAAUGCUUGUACGCUGCACGGUGGCAAAGGCCAGGAGCAGAGAGAGUUCGCUCUUUCCAACCUCAAGGCAGGAGCCAAAGACAUCCUGGUGGCCACAGACGUUGCUGGUCGAGGUAUUGACAUCCAGGACGUCUCCAUGGUCAUUAACUAUGACAUGGCAAAGAAUAUCGAAGACUACAUUCAUCGUAUCGGUCGUACGGGUCGUGCUGGUAAAAGUGGUGUGGCCAUGACUUUCCUCACCAAAGAGGACUCUGCAGUGUUUUACGACCUGAAGCAGGCCAUCCUCGAGAGUCCAGUCUCCACCUGCCCUCCGGAGCUGGCCAACCACCCGGACGCUCAACACAAACCUGGAACCAUCCUGACCAAGAAGAGACGCGAGGAGACCAUCUUUGCCUGAUUUGGACUUUAUCCACUUAUAUUGCAGGUUCCAGACUGUUUUGUCAUCUUUACUUGAUGUUCAGUCCUUUGUAACUAUUAAGUUUUUUGUCUUUAGGCGAUUGAUGCCAUUGUGUUUCUUGUUUUUGUAUCCCAUCUGUGGAAAGAGAGGAACACAUGAACUGAUGCAGAAAUCAUUAGCAUUCACUGGUGUGCUUGAAUUUUAAGAUACAUUUGUUGUGAAUCUGUAAACAAGAGCAAGUCUCAGUGAGCAGGACCCCGAUGAUCUGCACUGUAUAAACAUCAUGUGUGAUAAAUAGAAGCGUAGUAAGGUGUGACGUUUUUAGUCGUUUUCUGACCAACAGUAGAAUUGACGCUUCUGCCUUUUCUUCAAAUGCAUCCUUUGACAAACCUGCAGUCAACUGUUUUAAAUAUAAACAUUUGUAUGAAGUGAA